AUGAGCAAUCGAGUUUCCACGGCACCUGUUUCGUGGAGCGUCCCGUUUACGGAAGUGUCCCAUCAUCCCACACAGCGGGCGGGAAUCUACUCGUCCAACAAGUACCUCUCCUUCUGGCUCCUCGGGUCACUGAGCAUCGCUCUGCUGCUGCUGAUUGUGCUGCUCGGCUACUGCUCCAGGCGCGUCGCACAUCGCCGAGCGUCCAGGGAGCAGGCUCACGUUCUCCCAGGUGCCAACGUUGCCCCAAGAGCGGGCCGCUACCUGCGGCCUCCAGUGGGUGACCCACACUCUCGCGAGAUCCUUCUGUGUGCGGCUUGCCGUAGCGCCCAGGAUGAAAUGUUCCGUUUGGCCAAGGCGGCGCCCGUUCCCGGCUCAGCCGCCCGCUGGAGUCCUCCACCUCCCUACACUCCGCGAUCUGUGACAUCUUCGAAUACUUUGCCUGGAACACAAUCGCACUUGUGACGAAAGGACAUUGCGAGAAAGUUCUUUUGUUUGUACAGUGCCAACAGCCAGGGCAAUUAUCGUGGCUCUGGUCAUGACGGAUGCAACAAACGUUGUUUAUUUGUUGUGCCAAAAUUCUUGCUAUGUACCAGACCGAGCGCAGUGUUCUACAGCCAUCUCAGUUUAUCUCUCCGACAAGAGAGCCUGCGAGAAAAUAACAACGUAAACUCUUUCGCUGUGACACAUUCUAAUGCAAAUUUUUAAACGACGAUCACCCACCACCCGCUGGUCCUUGCUCACAAUUUAUUCUACUUUUGUUUGCUCGCGUAACAGCGACCAAAGUGCAUUCGCACAAGUAGGCAGGAUGGACAGUGCUAAAUAUAGCUGCUGUCAAAGCUGGAACACCGGUCAAGUUCCCCGUUCCCCAUCCAUCGGCGGUCAGAUACACUAGACUGGCAGAACAACACACGUUACAUUUAUUUAGAUAGUGUCAGCACGGUGAUGUAGCAUUCCUCAUUGAACCGUUAUCAUCAGGUAUAUCCGUUAGCUUUCCCUUGGUGAGCGAUCAUCACGACCGAUAAGCAAAGAGAAUAAAAGAGCGUGUUUAAUCACGUGUUGUUAUAGUGCCAAGGAUGAGUUUUUCAUAAUAAAAAAUUAAUGGCUUGGAUUCGUUAAAAGCUUUAUUCAAAAUAUGACGCUACAAGCUGCGUUACAUGCCACACUUCUGUGGCCGCAAUAUUUCCUACUAUCGUGUAGCAACAAAAACAUUCGUGUUGUCUUAACCACUGGAUGAGACAGGCGUAAGAAAAUACUCGGGAAAACUUUCUCAAAAUAUACUUUUACGCGCAACCACGCUGUGCGUUGGCGGAAUGAGCUAGUAAGACGAUUUCCCGCGUAAGAAACGUCUCUUGUCGAUGCCUAAUGGAGCAGUUACGCCCAGCUCAAAGACGACGGCCUGGCGCAUUUUCCCGCUCACUCGCACGAAACCUGUUUGAUAUAUUAUUUAUAGAUAUGCUGUUAAAUCGCCUAACGCAUGGUAAUAAGGAAAAAAA